AUGGGAUAUGGUCUACCAGAAAAUAUUCCUCACGUCAACAGGGAUGGGGAAAUCCUGGAGCCAAAGCGUGUGGAUCCCGAGCCCCCCGAUCACCGAAAAAAAUGUCGGCAACCAAAGUGGGAAGGCAAGCAAGUAUUGAAAUGGCUUGUGUGUACUGCGUUAACAUUCGUCCAGGUUUUUGUGAUAACCGGUGCCAAUUCAGGUGUGGGAUUUGAGCUAGCCAAGAUUCUGUACGCUGCAAAUGCAAAAGUAUACUUGGCUGGCAGGUCCGAAAAGCGGGUGCUAGAGGCUAUCCAAAGACUCCAGAAUGAUGUACCUUCAUCACAGGGAACUUUGAUCUGGUUACCAUUAGACCUAGCCGAUCUGGCUUCAGUCAAAAUCGCAGCAGAGGAUUUCCUGAGCAAGGAAGAAAGGCUAGAUGUGCUUUGGAAUAAUGCUGGCGUUAUGUGCACUCCCACCACGGCCAAAUCAGAGCAGGUAAUGUUUUGGACUCUUUCUUUGGUCGGAUACGAUCUUCAGUUAGGCACAAAUGUGCUCGGUCCUUAUCUCCUCACUACCUUGCUGUGCCCCAUAAUGAAAAAGACUGCAGACACAUCCCCCCUUAACUCCGUCAGGGUAUGCUGGGCCAGUUCAAUAACAAUAGAGCUGGCUCCCAACGGGGGCAUUGGCAUGGAUGACUUCGGCUCGCCUGUGUUUUCCAAUAAUAAACUCACUAAUUAUUGUGCCUCAAAGGCUGCAAACAAUAUGUUGGCUUCGGAGUUCGGGAAGAAAUGUCGAGAUGGAAAAGUGCUCAGUGUGGCAUUCAAUCCUGGAAAUCUUAACACAGGGUUAACGCGCUACCUUACAUUGCCGUUUCUUGGAUCGAUUGUGCCCCGUCUCAUGAGCCUUGUUUUGUGGCCAGCUCGCUAUGGAGCAUACACGGAGCUAUAUGCCGGUCUUUCGCCCGAUUUGACAAUUGAAAAGCACGUCGGUGCAUUCAUAUGGCCAUGGGGGCACGUUGGGUAUUUACGUCCAGAUAUCGAGAGCUCGCUACAUUCGCAAGAAGAUGGCGGGUCAGGAAAGGCCGCGCAAUUGUUAAAAUGGUGCGAUCGCGAGAUAAAAGAUUUUAUUUGA